AUGUCUGGCGUUGCCAAAGAGGCCGUCGUGCCCAUCGAGGCCGUGCUUUUUACAGUAGCAUCACUCCUUGUCCUUGCUCGAUUGACCCUUCGAACGAUCCGUCAACAUCAAAGCCUCACGAUAAGCGACUGGUUUCUUGUCGCGUCAUGGUUCGAUGCCGCUGCUCUGUUUGGUACCGACACCGCCGCAUACAAGCUUGGAGGAAUGGAUGAAUAUGAUCCCGAUGCGCCACCACGAGCUAUAGAGACUCAAAUAGCUUUGGCCAAGAUUACCUUUGCUGGGAACUACUUCUACGACACGGGCAUCUACCUACCGAAACUGGCAUUGCUGGCUCUCUACUUCAAGCUCAUCCCACCGACGCUUCCUACGCUACGCAAAUGUCUCUAUGUAACAACGGCAUUGACAGGAACGUUCAUGGUCGCGACUUGCUUUAUCGAUACAUUUUGGUGUGGUUCCAAUGUGGCUGUCAAUUGGGAUCCUGAGGGAGACUGUAGCACCUAUGAGUCAAAGGUCGUCUUCCGCAUUGACUGGGGAAUGAAUCUUGUCUCUGACAUUCUCGUAUUUUGCCUUCCCUUUCCUCUUCUUUUUGGACUUCAACUCAGCCGACGGUACAAGGUGGGUCUGGUGGCCAUUUUUGCAUCGGGGAUCAUCACGCUCGGAGCAAGUAUUGCCAGAUUUGUCACAAUUGAUGUGAUUCACGCAUGGACCAAUGUUUACGUGCUAUCAAUGACUGAACUUGCCGCCGCGAUUGUCGUGGUGUCAUUGCCAGCACUUAAAUCUCUCCUACACGGCCUUGGUCUGCGCUCUACAAAACAAGGAACAACGGAAACGGGGUCUGGCUACCACAAACAUUCAACAACAGUCAAUUCGGCCAGUCACUUCAACAAGCUUUCAAGCGGCCGCGAUCGCCAUGUUGACCGUUAUGGACACACUGCGCGUGUAGCCGCAGUCCCCGAGGAGGACUCCGGUAGCGAAGUGGAGCUGACAAACCUCCAUGGGAUUUACAAGUCGGCCCGCUCCACGAGACCACGAACCUUCAAGAUGGCGUUCAGAAUCACUGGCAAGGACUGUAUGAUCUCGGAAUGGAUCCUACUGGCAAUGGCGUACGUCUUUGUCGGCGCCCGGAUUUACGCUCGCCUCUUCCGCGCCCGUCAGAAGCUCGAUACGUCGGAUUGGCUGCUGAUCGUUUCCGCUCUCAAUGCCCUUGCAUUGAUCAUCUGUGAUACACUCACUUAUCAGAUGGGUGUUUUGGACGAGUAUGAGACAUCAGUCAGACUGUCAAAGAUUUCGUUCGCUUCCAACUACUUCUACGACUUCGGAAUGGGUUUCCCCAAGCUCAGCAUGCUGGCCUUUUACUGGGCCUACUUCCUCCCCUCGAACGGUGUCAGCUCCGCUAUGCGCAAGACCUUAUACGGCAUCACUGCUUUUGUCUGCAUUUCAUACCUCGUCAUCCUCUUCGACGAUACCUUCUUCUGUGGCAAGGAUGUCUCCGUCCAGUGGUCCCAAGAGGAGGGCGCGUGCAGUGUCUUUUACGCACCCGAGCCAUUCAUUCUCAACUUCACUCUGAACUUGGCUUGCUACUUUGCUGUUUACGCCCUGCCUCUGAUCCUGCUUAUCCAAGGCGUCCUGAAGUCCUCCACCGGAGUCACUGUUACCUUCAUUUUGGGAGCUCUUACCAUCUGCACCACUAUGGUCCGAUUCAUCACCCUCAAGGUUGGAACUGGCCAGGAGAACCUUGUCUACCCUCUCAGUAUGGUCGAGAUGGCGCUUGCUAUCACUGUCGUUGCCCUUCCUGGAUUGAAGCCGCUCGUCAGCCGCACCGAAAAGCAUGAGACUACCCACGAAACCUUCCAGAUUAAGAACUAA